CGUGCGUCAUAAAGCUGCGACGUACAGACAUGUCGUUUGUUUCUUUUCGCUGAACGUUAAGCUUCAUACAAAUCCACAUUAUUUUAAACACACAUACGAUAUUAUUGAAACCUUGGAGGCUGUGUUGUGUGUCAUAUGCGUCCAGUAUGAGCGGGGGUUUGGCACCAAGUAAAAGCACUGUGUACGUGUCGAAUCUGCCAUUCUCUCUUACCAACAAUGACUUACACAAGCUUUUCACCAAAUAUGGAAAGGUCGUAAAGGUUACAAUUGUUAAGGAUAAAGAUACUCGCCAGAGUAAAGGGGUGGCGUUUGUUCUCUUCCUGGACAGAGAAUCGGCUCAUAACUGUGCAAGAGCAGUCAACAACAAACAAUUGUUUGGCAGAACAGUGACCGCGAGCAUUGCCAAAGACAACGGCCGAGCAACUGAGUUUAUAAAAAGACGAAACUACACAGACAAGACUAAAUGUUACGAAUGUGGGGACACAGGCCAUCUGAGCUACGCAUGCCCAAAAAACCUUCUUGGAGAGAGGGAACCUCCAAAGAAGAAAGAAAAGAAAAAAAAGAAAAAGGCUGAAGAACCCGAGCCUGUUGAAGAAGAAGAAGAAAGUGAAGAAGAGGGAGAGGACCCAAACUUAGAUAGUUUGAGCCAAGCAAUAGCUUUUCAGCAAGCUCGUAUUGAAGCAGAGGAGACUCACAGGAAGCAGGCACGUGUGUCUCAAGAGGAAGGUGGUCGUGCUUCAACAUCCUCUGAUUCUAAGAAACCAAGGAUCAAAAAGAGUGCAUACUUCAGCGACGAGGAGGAGCUUAGUGACUAAAUAUAUAAAUACGCAGUUUGGUUGUCAAAUUGUGCUUUUUCUUUUAAUUGUAUAGUGUUAUAGUGUGGUUUCUUCCUUUCUCCACAUUGAACUAAAAGAUUUUCUUUCGGUCUAUAAAAAUACCCUGAUUGUUGAAUGUGUGUUUUAAAAAAAAGAUCUCAAUCCAUAAAAACUUGUUUUCUACUGAAAAUCCAAACAAUUGUUGGUCGUUAUGUUGCGAAAUGCGGAAUCAGAUCAUCUAAGCGCAAUGUAAAUAUCCAUUCAUAUUUAUCAUUGAUCCAUUAUUGGAUGAUUCCUUUUUCUUGUAGACAAUGUGUGUACAUUCUAAAUAUUACAUCCCCAUAACGUAUAUUUGAAGUCUGAACAGAUGAGGAUUCACUUGAUAUCCCAAUAUUUGAGAGUUCCUGUGGCCCUGAACCCAAUCCUCACAUUAAAAGAAGCAACAUGAUAAAAUGAGAGUCACAGUAGUGG